UAGUUUCUUUUUCUUUUCGCGUUAAAUGAGUUAUUAAAUACGUAGAUUCGAGAACUCAUCUUCUGUUCCUAGAAUUUUAACAAUAGGUACCAAAAAUUUACGACGAUUUACGUGUAAAGUAGUUUUUAGUGUUUUUGACUGCAACAGGUGAAAUUGUUCGUUUCGAUUGAUCAUCAUAUUCGUUUUCGUAUCAACCAGAGUGAAAUCGCAACCAUGGAAAAACCUCAAAUAGGCGAGGAAAUGCAGCAAAAACAACAAAACGGCGAACUAGUUGAUAAUAUCCGCAUUGAACGUUCCAAAGAAGAUGUAUUAAUUCAUUUAGAACUCGCUAAUAAAAAAGAUGAUCUGGAGACGUUAUUCAAAGAUGUCAAGUUUGUUUGCAUGGGUGGAACCGCCGAUCGCAUGAAGAAUUUCUUCUCAUUAAUCAAGUCGGAAAUGAAGCGCACAUUGUCCGAAUUGGACAUACAAGACGAGUCGGUCGAUUUCACGCGCAACGGAUGUCGAUUUUCUAUGUGGAAAAUUGGAUGCGUGCUAUGCGUCAAUCAUGGAAUCGGAUAUGGCUCGCUGACAAUUGUACUACACGAAGUUAUAAAACUUUUACACUACGCCAAAGUACAAGAUCCUAUCCUUUUUAGAAUUGGCACGAGUGGUGGCGUAGAUCACCCCCUAGGCACCGUAGUUAUCGCUGAGAAAGCCUUCAACGAUUUUUUCGAAGAAUUUUUCGAAAUUCCUGUUCUAGGAAAACGUGUACGACUUCCGGCUAUCUUGGAUGGAAACUUGGCAGCUGAAUUGAAACGUCUGGCGAUAGAAAAAUGCCCCGAUAUUCCGGUCUUAUGCGGUAAUACUAUGAGUCACGAACAUUUUUACGAAAGCGUAGCCAGUGUAAAAGCUUCCAUUUGCUAUUGCGACGACGAUAUCGAACGAAGCAGCUAUUUCGACUCGUUGAGACAAAAUAAUAUUUUGAACGCUGAUAUGGAGGCUGUCGCUAUUGCCGCUAUAACCAAUCGCUUGGGAAUCAAAGCGGCCGUUGUAAAUGUGAUUGUAAACGAUCUUUCACACCCUACAGAAAACCUGAGCUGUGAAAUUUUGACCGAAUGGCAAACUAGACCACAACGAAUCGUCGCCGAAUACAUCAAAGAGCAUCUUCGAGGAAGUGUCAAGCAGCAUAUAAAAUGAAUCAGCUCGAAUAGAUUUAAGAAACAGUAUACUCACCUGAAAACAUGAAAUAUUUUUGUAUUACACGAAGUAAUUCAUACGUUUA